AUGAAAGGCACUUAUUACGAUACAAAAGAUAACAACUCGAGUGACAACAUGCAUGACGAUUUUUUAAACUACCCCAAUUUUAAAAAAUUCAUUGACAGUAAUAAUAAUAGUGAUCGUGAAAAUUUCGAGGAGUCGAGAAAGUAUAUACACAGAGAGAUAACGAAAACACUUAAUAUGAAUUCGGUGAAAGUAUGCAGAAAUAUUGAUGAGCGAAUUUUGCCAAGAAAUACGACUAAUAAAUUUUGUUUAAAAAGUAUAGAAAAUCAGAGUAACAAAAAGGACUUUUCCUAUAGUGGUAAAAAUGACUCGAAGAUCAAAGGCAGUAGGAGCCUGAACAAGUUUGCGCAUUGCAGUAGUAGUAGUAGCGGUAGGAGGAGCAACGAGGAAAGUGGCCUUAUCGGUCAAACAGGGCAGAGCAGUAUUAGCCACCCAAGCAGCUGCAGAAGUAUGAACAAUCUUGGCCAUGCCAGCAACCAGAGUGGAGCGAACAGUGUCAGCUAUCCAAACAAUACGAGCAAUCCAGGCAGCAUCAAUGUGAACCAUUUUGGUCAUCUGAAUCAGCCCGACAACAUGAACAGUCACCGUGCAGAAAGUGCAAGAGGAAAUCUCGGAAGAGGUCCUCUUCCAUCAUCGCAAUUUUUUCAUGACACCUCUUCGAACGAGUUAAUUGAUAAUAAUAACCAUAAUCAUCAUGCGGUUAACUAUUUGAAGAAAGGCGAAAUGAAAAAUGAAAAUAUGGAUCGAAUAAAUGAAGCAUUAUUAUUAAAAGAAAAAAAAAAUUUAUUAAAACAUGAAUUUUUUUUCUCGGAACCAAGAAGUAAAACUCCUCUCGAACAGGGAGAUAACAGAACCGCUAGAAAUUUAGAUAAUUUUAUGUUUGAAAAUGAGGAUAAGUUAGGUUAUGUGCGAAGUAGCAGUAUGAAUAACCAUCCGUACGAUUUAGUGAAAAACAAUGGCAUCAUGGAGGAUGUUAAAUUUAGUACUUUUACGUCCAACGAUGUUGGGGUUGCCGUUGACAGUAACAGCGUCAGCAUGAACAUGGGCAGUGUAGUUGGUGGCAUGCACAAUGGAAUCUUGAGUGGCACCCACCAAGGCAACCACCCGCACAGAUACGAAGUAAAAAACCACAUCCCGGGGUUCCAAAAAAGAAUGAGCGAAAAAAAGGAGGCGAAUAACUUUCGUAGAUUGGAGAGCAACUCAAACAAGUUCAAAAAGUACAAUCACCUGAAGGAUAACUUUCACCUGAAUAACAGGCAGAGGCACUUCUACCCAAACGUAGACCACAGAAAAAAUAACUCAGAGCUGUUCCUGACCACCGAUGUUAAUGACAAGGUGUAUGCAAAUAAUAUAAUAUAUGAUGAUUAUUUUACCAUAGAAAAUAUGGAAACUUGUGAAGAAAAAAAGGAGUUUUUUAAGAAUGAGGGAUAUAGCAACAAAAUGAAGAAAGAAAACUCGUUAGCAUUUCGCAUGCACCCAAAUUUUGACACCAAGGAAUUAAUGACAAACAAAAAAAUAUUUUCACUAUGCUGAAUGAAGAGCGAUUAUUACAAUGAAGGUAGUAUGAACGAGUUUUCCCUCGAUGAGGUUGCUAGUCAGUAUAUUUUUUCCCCCAAGGAUUAUUUAGGAAACAGUUUGAAUGGCGAAGUUUUAGGCAUGAAUGGGCAUAUGGAGAAAAUGCAAUACGCUUCUUCCCUUUUAGGGGAAAUGGCAGGAGACCGAUAUUCUCAGCAUAGCGCGAGGUUACCAAGCGGUGUCAUUGUCGCGCCACCCCUGAUGUACGACAAUUGCAAUGGGCAUGCGGGCCACCAAAAUAACGACAGCACCGCUACGCAUGCGGAUUUUGGAAAUGGCUGGACGCAUGCAGAUUUUGGAAGUACUUCAGUGCACGGGAAUGUGAGAAGCACCACGGUGCAUACCGAUAACAACGGGCAGGAGGAAGAAAACGAAACGAUGAGUACCCUGGUGAAUGCAUUUACGUUGAAAAGGGAAGAAAAUUAUUACCAAAAUGGGAGCGAGAUGAUGCGCGCAAAUGAGAUGAGCAAAACCAACAGCGUUAACAUCGCAGAUGUGAGUAGCGUUUUUAACUCGAACAGCUGUAGCCUCAGUAAUGGGAACGGCAGGAACAUGAACAAUAACAGUAAUGUCAGUAGUAGCCAUUUCCCUGGCAAAGCCGCCAAGGGUUCCAAUACAAGCAUUUUCAGAACGUACGAUAUGGUUUCUCCAAAGGAUGGAAUCCAGAACGGAGCAUAUGGGGGGCACAUUAACGGCAGCAUUGGUGGGAGUAUCCGCGGGAGCAAUAACCAGCAGGGUGAAAAGAGCGGGAUCGGGAACGGGGUCGAGAACGGGGUCGAUAACGGAAUCGAGAACGGAAUCGGGAACGGAAUCGAGAACGAAAUCGGGAACGGAAUCGGGAACGGAAUCGAGAACGGAGUUGGAAACGGAAUCGAGAACGAAAUCGGGAACGGAAUCGAAAACGGAAUCGAGAACGAGAAUGAAGAGCCUGUCAUAAAAUUAUUCUUCGGAAACCUGGCCCCGAUCACUACGGAAAAGGAUAUGCAUAACCUCUUCAGCAAUUUUGGCAAGUGCGACUCUUUGAUCAUAUUAAAAGAUAGGAGGAGCAAAUCGAGGGGCUCGGGAUUCGUCACCUUUUACAAUAUGCAGGAAGCAGUUAACGCGAUAAAAAGUUUAAAUAAUAAAAUUAUUUUGUCAGGGGCUCACAAACCGUUGGAAGUUCGAUUCCCUGAGAAUAAGGAAGAGAAAAAACUAAGGACCAAACUGUUAAAUGCGGCAAAAUGGAAAGGCAAAAAAAUUGCUCCCAGUGGAUGUUUACCCAUAAGUACGGAGGAUAUAUUAAAUCAGAGCAGUUUACAUAUGAAUAAUGGCCCAGGAGGCGGAGGAGGCAGCCCUGGGGGGAAUCACCGCCAACCUUUUCUAACCCCAAUGGAAACACCCUCGUACUUUUUAACAGAGAAUGAGGGCCCUUUGUAUGACAUUAAGGAAACCGUCAGCUUUGGUUGCACGAGUGGGGGUAUGAUGGACUGUGCAAACGCGAACAUGCUGAAGCGCACGAAUGCGAACCAUUAUGCAUGUUCAGAAGACUUUUCCGAACUGAGAAAAACAGCUAGCGAAACAACCAACGAUACGUUACUUACAGAUUAUGUAAAUCGAGUAGAAGAAGGCAGCAACUUUUGCAGUAGCAGCCGACACAAUUCGUACAAAAAGGAGCAGGACAAUUUACUUGAUGAUAUGAACAAUAUGAGUUUGUCCAAGCAGAGGAAAGAGUAUAGUAAGUUUCUGCCCAAUUUUCUAUUAGAUAAUAACCCCUAUGGAAAAAAUGUAGCUUCGAAUUCGUUUCAAUCGCUUGAUGAGGCUCUCGGAAACAUCCGAAAAUUUUCCCUUGAUGUGGAUAUGGAAGAGGUAAACGUGGGUUCGAAUGGAUUUGUGGGAGCGUUAGAGGUGAAUGGAGGGUUGGGUCGCAAGGUGGUCCACGAAAUAGUGCAUGAGAAGGUUCCUGGCCUGCGGAGCGAGUCUGGCACCGUGGAGGAGGACAGCUCGUGUCGUCAUGAUAGCAUCGGUUCUGCGAGGAGUUUCUGCAAGGGGGACGUCCAGAACGCAAGUGGUGCGAAGGCGACCCCCAGCAAUUUACCCCCCAGAAGCUUCAACUCCAGAAGCUUCAACUCCAGCAGCUUCAACUCUAGCGGGCGAGUCAUGGAGGAGGGGGACGAGGCCAAUUCUUACUUCUCCAGCUUUUGCCACGGCUUCCCAGUGGAGAGUAAGAUAAUGGAAGACCCAAACAACACCUUUUUCUCCUACUUGAACAAAGACAAAAGUUUGGCGAACCAUAACAAGGGAGAGGAAGAAGUCUACCAGCACAAGAUGGACUUUUGUAGGAAGGGAGGAGAUUUCCCUGGAAUAAACGAGUUGGAAGAAAUAAACCACUUCCGGCAGUUGACCGAAUUGGAAGAGGUGAGUGAAGCAUAUGAACGAGAAAGGAGCGAGAAUGACAUGCGCAAUGUCUUGUUGCGUGGAUCAGAAGAAAUGGCAGAGGUAGGAAAGGAGGAGAAUCUGUUGAGCGACAUUUAUGAAGGAAACAAGGGCAUGGCCUCUCCGCCCAUGAAUGAUGAUGAGUACAGUAACAUGAACGUGCAUUAUCUAGGAUUCGAUUUGUCCCGCCUGAUACAGAUAAAUGAGGAUAUAUUGCUGCCCCAGAAGGAGGACAUGAAGAAGAACAGCAGCAGCAGCAAGAGCAACAACAACAGUAGCAGCAAGAGCAACAGCAACAGCAACAACAACAGCAGCAACAACAGCAACAACAACAGCAGCAACAGCGACAACACCAAUUCCAAUGUGGGUUCUACUAGCCAGGAAGUGAUGGAAGUUGGCCAUAUGAAUGGAAAGGAAAUAAUGACAACUGAUUUUUACCAACACAGGAGAAGGUGGAGGAGCAGCAGUAGUAGUAGUGGUAGUAAUGAUGGUAACCACAUGUACAAACUCCACGUUGGGCAUGCGCAUGGCACCAUGGAUCUACUAAAUGAUGACCUGUUUGGUAAUAAAAAUUUUGAUCUAAAUGACAACUUAAGCGAUGAAAUGCUACGAAAUUUAAUAAGUCUUUAUGCGCAAAAUAAAUCCUCCAUGAUCACUUCCCACGUGUUCAGUUACUUGAAUAAUGUCUUGUGCGAGAUAAACAGCGCCCUGGAAAUUUUUAACAAGUUCGGUGUCAAGACGUCGAUGAAGAAUAUAGCGGAGGAGGAGAGUCUUCCUGAGUGA